AUGUCAUCAAACGAAGUACGAAAAAAAGUACUUACCACAUUCAAAUUAGUGCAUAGAGCUAGAUUACUGUGUUUUAAAAAUGAUAACCAAAUGUUAAGUGCUGCUAAACAUCAAAUUAAUGAAGAAUUCAAAAAAAAUAAAACUGUCUCGGAUCCUGUAGUAGUUCAGAAGCUCAUAACCUUUGCUCAAGAUGUUGAACAUGAACUCUUAACACAAGUAGUUCAAGCAGAAAGAGUAAAUGAAACAAAAUUUAAAUUGAAUUUAGAUCCAGAGCGUCAUACUUUGGAGAAUAUACCAUAUGCAGAAUUAGAUGAUGAAACAUAUAAAAAAUGGAAAGAAGAGAAAAAGAAAAGAAGCAAAAAAAAUGAAAAGUGUUGUUGCGACUAA